GAACCUGUUACAGCCCAUACACCUGCAACACACACUCACGUCACAUAACACUGUGUGUGCGUGUGUGUGUGUGAGUGUUUCUCACUGCUGCUUACAGGUGACAGUGUGUGUGUACUGUAAGUGUAGCUGCACCUCACCUGUCGGGAAUUAUCUCUUUCUGUUCUUCACCUUUGGACUGCGAGCUGAGUUUCCGUGUGUCCGGACCACUUGGACUUUAUCCCGACUGUGCUCUUUUUAUUCCUGUUUACACUCUGGUGCUGGAUCGACCGCUCGCCUGCGUCACUGCGGGUGAAAACAAGACAGCUUCAUCUCUCUGAACUCGUCUGCCAACGCUUCUCGAUUUCUGUUGUUUGGAGUUGGAGGCUUUCGUCUGCAAAAAAAAGACAGCGAUUGUUUGUGUGUCCGUGCGAGUGGGAUCAGCUCCUGGAGCUGGGCGCGUUUGGGCAAGAUGAUGGAGGAGGUGUCCACGAUGAUGGCGUACGAUGCCCAUGUCAUGGAGCAGAUGAGCGAGGAGGAGAUCCUGGCCUGCCUGGUGGCCGAAACAGGACCUAAGUUCACAGUCCCGACAAAGAAAGCUAAACUGCGGGAGAGCCGGCUUCAAAUAAUGGAUCCCGAGGAAGACGCCUUGGACGAAUACCUGAAGGAAAACCGUCGGCUUCAGCAGACCAGCCUCCGUCUGGAGCAGGAAAACGACAACCUGGCCCACAGACUGAUCACCAGCAAGGUCGCCCUGAGGAACGCCCUGGACAAGGCGGAGGACAAAGUGGACGACCUGACCAAAGACCUCCUGCAGACCAGACGUCGCCUGCAGGCCACAGAGGAGGAGAAGGCGGGCAAGGAGGAGGAAGCUGCGAUGCUGAAGGAAAUGUUCCGAAGAGAGCUGGAGAAAGCCGAGCAGCAAGUGAGAAGGUCGUCGGGCAUCAUCGCAGACUACAAACAGAUCUGCUCUCAGCUGGCAAACCGCCUGGAGAGGCAGCAGACCGCCCACACAGAGGAGCUGGAGUCGCUCAAGAGAGCAGUGCAGGCUUGUUCUCGGUGUCAGCGCACUGUGGAUGCGGAUGAACCGCCGGCCGCGGCCCGGGCGUCUCCGGAGGCCGCAGCUCGGACGGAGGGCCCCGGGACGGCCGACGCAGGCCGGCGUGAGGACAGCGCAGGUCCCACCAGGGCGGAGCAGACGAGGGAGGACCAGGAGAAGGAGUCCCUCAGGGCUCAGACGCGGGAGCUGGAGCAGGACUUGGCCCAGACCAAACUCCAGAUGGUGGAGGCCAAGUGCAGAAUCCAGGAGCUGGAGCACCAGAAGGGAAUCCUGGCCGGCCAGAUGCGCGCCGCGAAGGACAACUGGAUCAGCAAGGCCUUCACCUCCCUGCGCACAUCCGGCGGAGGGGGGACCAACGGCGUCGGCUUGCCCAGGGAAGACGCUCCUCCGGCGCCGGGCCGGAGCCUCCGCGGCGGAGAGAAGCUGCUGUGGCCUCACAGAGACAGUGGAGAGCGCGUGUGACCCCUGAGCUGUGCGCCACACCACGGACGGACUGAUCGGGCCUCUUUGAAUGUGAGCCGCUGCACAUAUGUGCAUUGAAUAGUGCAGCUGCUAUUUUCAUUUGUCCCUUUUGCACACUGGGGGGGCGACAAGGUGAGACCGGGAGAACACCCGAGAGCAGGAGCAGGUGAGGCCAGACGAGUUCCCGCCUCGUCUCCUCUCCACGUUCUCUCCGCGCGGGAAAAAGAAUGAACUUGUGCAUUUGCAGAACGAAUCCACGUGCCGCGUCAGCCUAGUGUUGUUAUAGACUCAUUUCGUUUGUCAACAAUUUUGAAUGCAAACAUUAAAGCAAGUAUGAAACUAG